UCUAGAUUUGCUUACUGCCAAUACGUCACGAACAGGGACUACCUGUGCAACUCGUUAAUGAUCUUUGAAUCGCUCAGUCGAUAUGGAAGUCGAGCCGACCUCUUACUAAUGUACCCUCAGCAUUGGGACAUACAUUCAAGCUCAGUUGAAGCACACUUGUUACGGAAGGCAAGAAGAGACUACGAGGUGAAGCUGUUACCCAUACAGAUUCAACACUUCAAUGGAGAAAACACCUGGGCUGAUAGUUUCACCAAGCUUCUGGCGUUCAAUCAAACACAGUAUGAACGGGAGAUCAGCUUGGAUUCGGAUGCCAAUGUCCUCAAACCUAUGGACGAGCUUUUCUUCUUGCCUCGUACCCCGAUCGCCAUGCCUCGUGCGUAUUGGCUGGAGGAUACUCUGUCAUCUCAGAUUGCGGUAAUAGAGCCAUCUAAAUACCAGUUCGAACGGAUUCUCCAAGCUUUUCGUCAGCGACGGGAGUCAGCGUUCGACAUGGAGAUCCUGAACGAUCUCUACGCCCAGGACUGCAUCAUCAUUCCUCACCGACAUUACGAUCUCCUUACAGGUGAGUUUCGCAAAACGGAGCAUCAUAGAUAUUUAGGAUCGACAACGGAGCAAUGGGAUGCAGAGAGAGUGCUGGAAGAGACUAAGUAUGUUCAUUUUUCUGAUUGGCCAUUUUCUAAGCCAUGGAAACCAGAAUCUGAAGUGGAGCGAUUGAAACUCCAACCGAAAUGCUAUGAGUCUCUACCAGGAGAGCAAAACUGCACUGACCGCAUGAUAUGGAACGAGAUAUAUCGGGAGUUUCGUGAAAGACGUCGC